UAAAACCCUUCUUCCUCCAAAACCCUAAUUUCUGCGUCAGUGGUCCGCCCGCCGCUCGCCGCUCGCCGCCCGCCCGCUGCCGUCCUUUUAUGUAAGAGCAAGCUCUUAAUUUAACUUCAUCGCAAGAAUGCUACUUCUAUUUGAAACCCCCGCUGGAUUUGCACUAUUCAAAGUCUUGGAUGAAGCAAAACUCUCCAAAGCUGAGGACUUGGGGAAGGAGUUCUCAUCUCCUGACUCUGCGCGACAGAUUGUCAAGCUAAAAGCUUUUUCCAAGUUCGAGAACACGUCCGAGGCUUUAUCAGCUGCUACACUAUUGAUUGAUAGUAAGCCCAGCAAAGGUCUUCGCAAGUUCUUGCGCAGCCACUGCGACGAUGACAUUUUAGCUGUAGCCGAUUCCAAGCUUGGGAACAUAAUCAAAGAGAAGCUGCAAAUUGAAUGCGUCCACAACAAUGCUGUCAUGGAACUGAUGAGAGGAGUGAGAAGUCAACUCACUGAACUUAUAUCAGGUCUGGCUACACAGGAUUUGGCUCCAAUGAGCCUUGGUUUAUCUCACAGCUUAUCGAGAUACAAAUUGAAAUUCAGUCCUGACAAGGUUGAUACGAUGAUAAUACAAGCCAUUAGCUUGUUGGAUGACCUCGACAAAGAGCUAAACACAUACGCAAUGAGGGUUAGGGAGUGGUACGGUUGGCAUUUUCCGGAACUUGCAAAGAUCAUAGCGGACAAUAUCCAUUAUGCAAAGACAGUCAAGUUGAUGGGAAACCGUACGAAUGCUGCCACGCUUGAUUUCUCUGAGAUACUUCAAGAGGAGGUGGAGGCAGAACUGAAAGAAGCGUCAAAUAUUUCCAUGGGAACUGAAGUCAGUGACAUGGAUUUGGACAACAUUAAAGAUUUAUGCAACCAAGUUAUUUCUCUAGCCGAAUACAGAGCUCAGUUGUUCGACUAUUUGAAGAGCAGGAUGAACUCCAUUGCCCCAAAUCUCACUGCCCUUGUCGGAGAAUUGGUUGGUGCUCGAUUGAUUGCACAUGGAGGCAGCUUAAUCAAUCUUGCUAAGCAACCCGGAAGUACAGUUCAAAUUCUUGGUGCAGAGAAGGCCCUUUUCAGAGCUUUGAAGACAAAGCAUGCAACUCCUAAAUACGGGCUUAUAUAUCAUGCUUCUUUAAUCGGUCAAGCUGCACCCAAGCACAAGGGUAAAAUUUCACGAUCUCUCGCUGCAAAAGCAGCUUUGGCAAUUCGAUGUGAUGCUCUUGGAGAAGGUGAAGACAACUCUAUGGGUUUGGAGAGCAGACUUAAGCUCGAAGCUCGUCUGAGGAACUUGGAAGGCAGAGAAUUGGGCCGUUCGGCUGGGUCUGCUAAAGGCAAACCAAAGAUUGAAUUUUACGACAAGGACCGCAAGAAAGGAUCGGGUGGAAUGAUUACUCCAGCAAAGACAUACAAUCCAGCAGCCGAUUCGAUUCUAGGACUAACAGAAUCGUUGUCCGAGAAAGUUGAAGAGAAGGCAGCUGCUGAUGUGCCUGUUGUUGAAGAAGAGCAGAAGAGUAAGAAGAAGAAGAAAAAGAGAGACGAAACAGAAGAUGCAAAUGGUGAAGUAGUUGAGAAAGAAGAAGUUGGGAAGAAGGAGAAGAAGAAAAAGAAGAAGGAUGUAGCAGACGAUUCGGUGGAGUUGGCCAAGGAAAACGGUGACGGAGCAGAGAAGAAGAAAAAGAGGAAACACGCAGAGGUUGACGGAGAAGGUGAUGAAGCAACCCCUAACAAGAAGAAAGAGAAAAAGAAGAAGAAAAGCAAGGACUGAAGUUGAACGGAUUUCCGGACACACCUUUUUGUAUACUUGAGGUCGGACAAUUUUGUUUUUUGUUGAAUUUAGAUUUGGCGUUUUGUUUCAAACGAAAUGUUUGACCAUUAUGAAACUAUUUAUUGUGUACGUGAUGAUUUGUGUUGUUGAAACAGCUUUUAGUUCUAGUGGGAAAUAUUUUGAGUUAUUAUGUGGUGUUGUAUUGACAUUAGGUAUUUUAUUUCUAUGGGGAGAAAAAUGUUGUUUAAGCUUUA